GGGAAGGGGCCAUGGGAGACCUCCAGCCCCCUAACUUUGUUUACGCUCGCCUCACACACCCGAUGUACCACCUAUUCCACACACAAAAAGGGACACAUAAGGUGCUUUUCUCCUGGUUCUGGCGCGCUGGGAACAGCCAAUUGCUGAGAUGAGUAGCAUGGAUGGUUCAGAUUCACAGAGUCAAGGUGAAGAUUGGGAGGAGACGAUGUCUUCGCCACCUCGUGAUCCCGGAACUCUGGAUGACCCAAUGAGUCCUGAGAAUACAGCCAGUUCAUGUCCAAUGUCUCCUCAAAAUCCUCCUAGUUCAGAGGGCCCCAUGAGCCCUGAAAUUUUCAUGCAUCAGCAGAAUCCAGAAAUUCCUCAGGGGUUUGUGUACACACAGGAUCCUACUAGCCCUGAGGGUCCUAUGAGCCCUGGAGGUCCUAUGAGUCCCGAAGGUCCCAUGAGCCCAGAUGGUCCCAUGAGUUCUCAGAGUCAGAGUAGCUCUGAAAGCCACAUGAAUCCACAAAGUCCAGAAGGACCCAUGAGCCCAGACAAUAUUAGAAGUCCCGAUGAUUCACUUAGCUCUAGAAAUACGGCAAGUCCUGAUGGUCCAGUAAGUCCAAGUAAUCGUGGAAGUCCUAAUGGUCAAGUAAGUCCAAGUAAUCAUGAAAGCCUUGAUGGUCCACCAAGUCCAAGAUAUCCAAUAAGUCCAAGAUACCCAAGGGAUCUUGAUGGCCCAUCAAGCCCAAGAGAUCCUAGAAGUCAUGGGGCUCCAAUAAGCCCUGCAGAUAGAAGUUCAUAUGGUUCUUUCAGUCGGCAGAAUCCAAGAGGCCCUGUUGGUUCAGUGAGUCCCAGAGACCCUAGAAGUCCUGAAGGUUCAGUGAGUCCCAGAGACCCUAGAAGCCCUGAAGGUUCAGUGAGUCCCAGAGACCCUAGAAGCCCUGAUGGCUCGGUGAGUCCCAGAGACCCUAGAAGCCCAGAAGGUUCAGUGAGUCCCAGAGACCCUAGAAGCCCUGAAGGUUCAUUGAGUCCCAGAGACCCUAGAAGCCCUGAAGGUUCAGUGAGUCCAAGAGACCUUAGAAGCCCUGAAGGUUCAGUGAGUCCAAGAGACCCUAGAAGCCCUGAUGGCUCGGCAAGUCCCAGAGACCCUAGAAGCCCUGGUGGCUCAGCAAGUCCAAGAGACUCUAGAAGCCCUGACAGACAAUCAAGUCCAAGAGCUCAUAAAACUUUAAAUACAUCAUUUAGUCCAAAUAGAUCUUUGAGCCCAAGAUAUCCCAUAAGCCCUAAGGAGCAAUUAAUUCCAAGAGAUCCCAGAAGCCCUGAGAAACCAUUGAGCCUGCAAGAUCCCAGAAGCCCUGAUAAAUCAUUGAGCCUGCAAGAUCCCAGGAGUUCUGAAGGGCCAAGGAGUCCUAAAGGUCAUAAUAGUUCUGGAUAUCCUAUUAAUUCCAGAGAUUCUAGUAGCCCCAGAUAUCCUAUUAGCCCCAAAGAUCCUAGUAGUCCAGGUAGGCCACUAAACUUACAAGCUCCCAUAAGUUCUAAGGAACCAUUGAGUCUGAGAGAUCCUAGAAGCACAGAUACACCUGUGAGCCCCAAUUACCAACAUGUAUCUAAAAAUCCAUCUAGUCCAAGAGAUCGAGUCAACCCUUCCAAACAUAAAAAUCCAGACGAUCCUGCCAGUCCUCAGAAUCGCGAUUCAUUUAAUCACCAAUCUUCAGUAGAAGCUGGGGAAGAUAAGGAAAGUGGUCAAGCAGACAGGCUUUCUGAAAUAUCUGAAGGGGAUUCCACGCUCAAUGGUGAACUUGGUGAAGAUGAUGAAGACCCUGUUAAAAAGUCGAGCACAGAUGAAAGAAUAGAAGACAAGAGAAAAGGUGGAAAUGAUAAAGAAAAUAAUCAAACUAAGCCGACUUCCAAGCGCCGUAGUGAUGAAGGGUUGGGAUUGAGAGAUGAACUUGAUUUUGAAGCUGAGAGGGAGAGUGGAGAGGAGGAGGCAGAAGAUGGAGAGGAAGGUGAAGAAGGAGAUAAACGCAAGAAAAAAUGCGACCCAGAAAACCGGGAAGAUGGGGAGCUGAGUGAUGAAGACGAGGACGAAUCCUUGUUACGGCAGGAACCCAAGACUGUGUGCAGAUUUUUCAACAAGGGCCAGUGUACAUGGGGCACCAAUUGUAGGUUCUUGCAUCCAGGAGUAUCAGACAAAGGAAAUUACAAUAUGUUUGCUCCAUCCAAAUCCCAAGCUUCAACUGAUAAAGAAGAGGACAGUGAGCGGGGAAGGACAAGAGAAGUACGUCGUUUCAUUCCUGAACCUUCACCAUUUGAAUCUGCUUGGGAACGUGGGCUGCGGUAUGCUAAGGAGAUGAUGAAACGAGCAAAUAAACGUAAAGAGACAGAUGCAGACUUUGAAGAGAAAAGAUUUAACCUCAGCUUAGGUCAAGCAGAAUUAGAUCGUGAAAAUGACUACUACACACGGCCAGCAUCACCUGUAUACAAACAGCCAGACGAGAUCAUUGAUCAGUAUCUUGACCCAUUUGAAAAACAAGCCAUCAGACAUUUUAGAGGCGGACACUUUGAAAACUUUGAAGUUCGAUAUCAUGUAGAUCCUAGGUACAAUAUGCGUGGUGGUGGUCAGGAUAGAUCACGAAGAGAGAAAUUUGAGCGCGAAGUAUCGGAGAGAGUUCAACGGAGACCAAGAACAACCUCUGGCGGUGAGGAAAGAUAUGUACGUAGUCGUGUGUGGCAAGAUGACCGGUACAUGGAAGUGGUGUCAUCAGGAGGGGGCACACGCGGAGAAGCAGAAGCUUGGGCCGAUCCCUGGGCUAGGCGGAAAACUCCACCUCGUUCAUCUAGAAAGAAAAAGACUUCGCGAACAAGAAGUUAUUCUUCGGGUUCUUCAUCACAUUCAUCGUCAAGGUCUUCUCGGUCAUCAUCCUACAGUAGUCCAAGCAGAAGUAGAAGUGGAAGCAAGACCAGUAGGACAAGUUUGGCUAGUAGAAGUAGUCGUUCACGAUCAACAUCACAUUCACCUUCCCCUAGUCGUCAUCGCUCCAACCAGCGUGUGGCUCCAGGGGAUACCCCCUCCACUGGAGCCCGGCCCAAUACGAGAUCGGAUCUGCCAGACGGAUUCCGAUCUGCUGCCCGACCAAGUGAGAAAUCCAGCACAAGGCAAGUUCCACCACCUGCGAGAGGAGGGCGACCAGCUCCUCCACCAACUGGCCCUCAUACUCGACCACCCAUACCUCGGAGACCUGAGCCACGAGAUCCAAGACCACCACCACUGCCUGUUCACCAACAAGAUAUUAAGCCACCCAAGAUUCUCACAAGGGAGAGACCUGCUCCUGCAUCUAUUCAACAAGACAUUAAGCCACCCAAGAUUCCCAUAAGAGAGAGACCACCACCUCUGCCUAUUCACCAACAAGACAUUAAGCCACCCAAGAUUCUCACAAGGGAGAGACCACUGCCUCCUUCACCACCACCACGACAAGAAUCUAAACCGACCAAGGUUGCCGUAAGGGAGAGAGUUGACAGAUUUGGUCGCAUACGAAAAGAUAGCAAUCACAGCCUUUCAAGAUCUAGAUCCAGAUCUGGCUCAAGGCCAAGAGGAAGAGUUGGUAGAACGUUUUCAUCCAGUCGCUCGCGAUCAAGAUCUGGCUCCAGGUCGAGUUCUGCCACAUCAAGAUCUCGAUCCAGAGGUCGAAGUGUCACCAGGUCUAGAUCUCGGUCUAGUUACUCUCGUAGUAGCUCAGCCUCCAGUGUGGAGAGCCGAAGAAGAGGUGAGAAACGAAGGAUGACUCAGGGAACUGUAUCAUACGGUCAAGCCAAGAGUAAAGCCAUGGAUCCCAUGAAGCUUUCUGGCCAGAAACAACAAAUCAAGUUAACUCUCAAAGGACCAGCUCUUAAGCGCCUGGACAAACCUGUACUACCGCAAGAGGAUGAUAGUGGUGAAUCGGACACUGGAGGUAAACUUAUUCGCAAACGUAAGCCUGAAAGCCCGCCGCCCGACCCACCACCACCAAAGAUGGUAGCCAGAAGCCCUCCUGCUGUGGUUACUAUAUCGCAACCAGUAAAGAAACCACAAGCAAAUCGCAGAGAAGAACUUUUGAAACAGCUUCGUGCGGUUGAAGAUGCAAUUGCUCGGAAAAGAACAAAAUUGCCAACAUAGUAAAUUUUAGGUACAUGAUAACAGUAUUUCUAGGUAAGUGAAAUAACUAUUUAUACACAAAAUCCGCAUUCUUAAGCUAGUUUGGCAUCUCUUGUACAUAACAUGAGUUAGGCGGAUAUCCACACCUGGUUCACCGAACCAGUCCCUGAUGGUAUCACCUCUAUUGUCUACUUGGGGGAACCCAGCAGUGGUACCCCAAGAUGAGGUACUCUUGACCAGAUGAGAUAGACAUUUCAGCCGAGUGACCUCUAAUGACAAUUCAUACGCAUCACUGUGGGCAUGUCGACUAAAAUCGGUUGCUUUGUCAUCUUUACGGAAGAACUGGAGACUCUGAAUUUGGAAUAUACAACAAGCAUUUGUUUAUGUAUAUUGGUAUAGCAUUUGUGAUGUAAUGAUAUCAAUUAAGUCUUAACAUAUGGCCAGUUGUUACAAACAGUAUCAACAAAAAAAGACUAACUGGUACAUUAAAAUGGUGGCACAUUGAUUUUGAAAAAAAAAAUGGAGUAGAUUGUGUGCAUUGCACAUUGUAACAGGACUAGGUUCUGUGCAUUAUGCAUUGAUUAUAAAAGUAGAUUCUCUGUGUCGUGGAAGUGGAAUAUUUAAGUUUGGAAGGUAAAUACUGCAUUAUUUACACUGCAUAAGUUAUCAAAUAUGACAGUGAAUUGCAAAUCCCUAAACCUUUUUUUGUCAGAAUUUAAAUUGUUUUGUAUGGAACCAUCUAGCAUUAAGACAUAAAUUUAUUACCAUUAAAAA